CUGCUUCAUCUCUCCUAUCUGCAAAUGUCUUAAUUAUUGUUCUUUCUUUCUGUAUAUUCUGAUCUUCAUCUAUUAGAUACAAUACUCUGGAUUUUACAAUAGGCUACUCUAAAUUUUAUUAUUAACUAUUAAUUACUUAAUGCAUUUGUUUGUCUCUAUAAUUUCUAAUAAAUAAAUUUGUUAUUACUUUUUUUAAAUUUAAUCUCUGACAUAAUCAUUGCUGGACUACCUGGAUCUCAUUUUCUCAUUUUGCAUCAAUAUUGAUGUUAGUGGUGUUGUUUUCCCACCAUAAAUGAUGCCACUUCCUGGAUGAUAUCAUUUUGUAUUUUUAUUUUUUCAUUGGAAAAAAAAAAAAAAAAAAAAAAAAAAGACAAACUAACAGUAUAGCAAUUGAAAAUGUGGGUAUUAACCACCAGGUAAUGAGGGUUUGGUCGGAAUCGUUAAAGCAAUGAACUUCCUCGAACAAUUCCAUAUAUGGAGUUCCAUAGCCACACCCAAGGAGCUUGUCAUGAGUGACGACGAUUCCUGUUUACAUGCUUUUGGGCGUCACUGACAGCAUGGCACUGACUCAGAAACCGAAGGCUGAUGUGACUCGAGAUCGCAAGGUGAGGAUUUUUAAACAACUUGAUCAUUUAAAUAACCACACGGAUAAACAGGGUAUGCCAGGCUCCAGGUUUGUCAGUGUGGAGGGUUGGAGCAGUAAGCAGGUAGCUGGCUGGCUCAGAGAACAGGGGUUUCGUGAAUAUGUGGAUCUCUUGUGCUCUAAACACCGUUUAGAUGGUGCCAGCCUGCUGUGUCUUACUGAGGCUGACCUGCGGUCUCCUCCGCUGGAGCUUAAGGUGCUGGGUGAUAUCAAGAGAUUGAUGCUGGCUGUGCGGAGACUACAGAGACAACACGCAGUCCACGUGCAUUCAGGGUUAGAGGUCAGUGCAUCGUCUCCCAUACACACUGACGGAAAAGACCUCGUCGUCUCUAAUGGCUUCACAGAGCGAGUGUCAGGAGACCUCCAACACUGUAAUGGGGCAGUCACUACUGUUGGUGGUGAACACAGUUACUCAAACGGGAAGCGUAAGCAGUAUUGUGGUCGGUUCGACCCGGAGUACUGGAAGACCACCCUCAGCGCACUCUACGCAAUGCUGGUGUGCGGAGUGACAUCAUUCGUCAUGGUGCUAGUGCAUGAGAGGGUUCCUGACAUGAGGACGUACCCGCCACUUCCAGACAUAUUUCUAGACAGUGUUCCCAGAAUUCCUUGGGCCUUCGCCAUGGCUGAAGCAUGUGCAGUGGUGUUGGGUUCCAUGUUAAUGCUGGUGUUGUUGAUGCACAAACACAGGUCCAUUCUGUUUCGCAGGCUGUGUAAUUUGACAGGCACUGUAUUCUUGCUCCGCUGUGUCACAAUGUUUGUCACUUCACUGUCUGUACCUGGUCAUCACCUACAGUGUUCAGGCAAGAUGUACGGUGACACAUGGGCAAAAGUGCAGCGUGCACUGGACAUCUGGAGCGGGCUCGGCAUGUCUUUAACUGGUGUUCAAACAUGUGGCGAUUACAUGUUCAGCGGACACACUGUUGUUCUCACCAUGCUCAACUUUUUUGUCACUGAAUACACACCACGUAACUGGAACUUCGUCCACACCAUGUCUUGGGUCCUAAACUUGUUUGGAAUCUUCUUCAUCUUAGCGGCUCAUGAACACUACUCCAUCGACGUCUUCAUCGCGUUCUACAUCACCACCAGACUCUUCCUGUACUACCACACGCUGGCAAACACGCAGGCCUAUCAGCACAGCCGGCGAGCGCGUAUCUGGUUCCCUCUUUUCUCUUUCUUUGAGUGCAACGUGACCGGACCGGUUCCAAACGAGUAUAGCUGGCCUUUCUCCAAACCUGCCUUCAUUAGGAAACUUCUAGGAUAGGCCGUCUGUGUUUAUGUUUAGCUUAGACUUUUGUUCCACAGUCUUCAAAUUUGGAGUUUUGGGGAAAUUAUUAUUAUUAUUUUUUUUUUUAUUUAUUGCUUUUGGUCACUUUCUUGAAACCGUUAUUUGUAAUACUGUAUUCUCUCUAAAUCAGAACAUGGUUUUGGUGACUUUAACUUCUUAUAAUUUCACUAUGUUUGCCUGAAUAACUAUAAAGCACAUAUACACCUCGAAAGGCUUUUUUUCUUUUUUCUUUUUUUGAUACCUUAAUCUGCAGAAUCAUAUUUUCUAUUAUUUGGUAAAGCAGUUUUGAGUGCUUACAAUUGCAGAUUUAUGUUACUCUAACCGUUAAGCACAUAGUAUUUCAACUCCUGAACACUAACAGUAUGUUUAACAGAGGAAAAGUGCUAGUAUACAUUCAGUCCUUAUUAAAUAAUUAUGCCUCAUGCUGCCUAUUCUAUGUCAUAAUGGUGCGUAUUUAAAGUCUUACAGCCACAGAAAGAUAAUUCUUGUUUUGCUAACAUGUUUUUUUGACAUUUUGUAAUUAAUAUGUGACUGUAUAAAUAGAUUGAAUUUUUUAUGUGAUUCCAGGGAUGGAUUACUAUGAAAUGUUUUGCCAAUAUCAGUAUCAAAGACACAUUCAGCACUUUUAUAUGAACUUUAUUGUUUAAAGGGAGGGCAUUUAUGAUUUCUUUUUGUAUGUUUGUGCAUACAAUAAGUUAUUGUACCAAUUGUACUAAGUUAUUGUAUUGUCGAGUUGUGGUGUUUGUGAAUGUAACAAAAAAUUCUAGUACCGUUUCUUUUUUGUUGUUUUAUUUAAAUGUAACUCGACUUCUGCCUUAUCAAUUGGGGUACCCAGAGGAUACUUACUGGAAAAAUAAAAGUUUACAGACUCACUAA